AUGGACAACUUCACGACCAUCGCCGAAUGCGAGGGGUCUUUUGGCCCCGAUGCAACCGUAUGCAGCGAUCGAUUUGACUUCACCCUACUCUUCGAACAAUCUAUCAUGAACAUUGGUCCGUCUGCAGUAUUGCUUCUGGCCCUCCCCUUCCGGCUACAGCAGCUUCUUCAUCAACGCCGCAAAGUCCUACGACAUCCCUUGAAUGUCGCAAAGAUCGCCACCUGCAUCGUCUUUGGCGGACUUCAGAUCGCCUUGCUCGCGCUAUGGACGCAAACACCGCUCUCCAACCGCGUCUCUAUCGCUGCCGCAGUCCUCGGCAUUCUAGACGCCUUGGCCCUCACUCUCCUCAGCCAUGCAGAACAUCUCCGAUCCAUUCGACCGUCCACCACGAUCUGUGUCUACCUGGCGUUCUCGCUCAUCUUUGACGCCGUACAAUGCCGCACACUAUGGCUGCUUCCCGGAUUGCAAAACUUGGCCAGCGUCUCCUGCGCAGCGCUGGCAAUGAAGUUGACGAUGUUUCUUCUCGAAGUGCAAGGCAAACGCACAUUCCUCCUCGCUGCUCUGCGCCACUUGAGCCCCGAGGCCACGAGCGGCAUCAUCGGCCGCGGUUUCUUUUGGUGGCUCAACAGCCUGCUAGGAAAAGGAUUCAAGGCCACCUUAUCUCCGUCGACACUCUACGACAUAGAUGAUGAUAUGCGGUCCGAGCCCCUGCUCCAGAACCUCAACAUCGCGUGGAAUGAACGACGAGGACAUGGGAAGCGGGCCCUAUUACGCUCGAUCUUCAGCACGACGAAGAUGGCUUUUUUGGUAACAGCUGUACCCAGACUCUUCCUGAUUGGAUUUAAGUUCUCGCAACCGUUUCUCAUCAACCGAAUCAUCAAAUACGUCGAUGGGGACCGCGGAUCUGAUUCCAAAUCUGUUGGGUACGGUUUGAUAGCUGCGACGGGCUUAGUCUACCUGGGCAAUGCGUUGUCGACAGGUUUCUACCAGCACAAGCUCUUCCGUUAUAUCACGAUAAUCCGUGGAUCUUUGGUUUCCCUCAUCAUGUCCAAUAACCUCGAGUUAGACACAGCGAAGGCCACCGAUCCGUCUGCGCCAUUGACCUUGGUCAGCACCGACGUGAGAACCAUUUGCAGGUCGUUCGAAACGAUUCAUGAGGUGUGGGCAAAUCCCAUCGAGAUAGGCAUUGCCAUAUGGCUACUUCAAAGACAGCUUGGUCUUGGAAGCGUUGGACCGGCUGUAACCAUUAUCGCUUGCACAAUUGGUAUGGCGAGGUUGUCGAAACUUAUGCCUCGAGCCUCGAAGAUUUGGAACGAAGAAAUUCAAAAGCGCAUUACAGUCACUUCAGAAGUUCUUGGUGCAAUUAAGGAGACGAAGAUGCUAGGAAUGGUAGACUUCCUUCAGCGUGCGAUUCAAGACCUGAGAGUGGCAGAGCUGCGCAGAGCAAAGCAGUAUCGCCGGUUCAUCACUUAUAUGAACAUGCUCGGCAACGCUCCAUCAAUGAUCGGUCCUGUUGUCACGUUUGGCCUUGCCAUCCUUGCGCAGAAGAUCAACGCCGGGUUGUCACUCUCUAUCGCCACUGUCUUCACUUCUCUGACCAUCAUCGACUUAAUUGCUGGGCCUCUUGCGCAGCUCAUCACCUCGGUACCGAGCUUAGUGGCAUCUUUGGGAAGUUUUGAGAGGAUUCAGGCCUUCGUUGAACAGGGUAGGCCAUCAACGGUCACAGAUCCUGAUUAUCUUGAAGCUGCAAGCCACUCUGACGGCCUUGGGCAUGCCGGAACUGAUCAUGGCAUAGAGAUGGAUACGAUACGGCCGCAAACGUCGUCCAAGCCAUCUUCCGAGCAGAGAGAUAUCGCGACAGUUCAAAACGGUUCGUUCUGGCUCAAGGCUGACGAGGAACCCAUUCUGCGCGAUAUCAACCUCCACAUUGCCCCUUCCACCAUGACUACCGUGAUUGGCAGAAUUGGCUCGGGGAAGACCACCCUUCUUCGGGGACUCCUCGGCGAACUUCCGACCAGCGGAUCGGUCAAGACUCUUGGAGGUCCUGUAGCGUAUUGUGCUCAGACAACCUGGCUGACGACAGCAACCGUCAAGGAAAAUAUUCUCGGUGAGACACCGACUGAUGAGGACUGGUACGAAAGGGUGGUGCACGCUUGCGCUCUCGUACCCGACUUCUCUCAGCUAGCAAACGGAGAUCACACAGUGGUUGGAAGCAAAGGCCAAUCCCUGAGCGGAGGUCAAAAGCAACGGGUUGCUCUAGCGCGAGCAGUAUUCUCUAGGAAGCCUGUCCUAGUUGUUGAUGAUGCGUUGAGCGGGCUGGACAACGCUACCCAGACUCACAUCUGGGACUGUCUUUUCAGUCCACGAGGACUUGUCCGCCAAUAUGGGGCAACCGUGAUCCUAACAACACACUCACUGAAAUAUCUCAAAUUUGCGAAUCAAAUCCUCAUCCUAGGCGAUGACGGAUAUAUUGCGAGCCAAGGCAAUUUUGACACUAUUCGGGAGAGCGCCUAUCUUCAGAGCCUUUCUUUCGUGGAUGCGCAGCCCAGUGAUGCAAAGGACGCUGAGACUAUUUCAGUCGCAGGAUUUCGACAGCAAAGUCAACCACAAACCAAAGGGGUAGAGGCUGAAUCAGAGCAGGACCUCUUGAGAAAGGCGGGUGACACUACCCUCUACUGGUACUACCUGAAGUCCAUCGGUUGGUGGUAUGGCUCCGCCGGUGCGAUAUCCUUGAUUCUUGACUGCUUCUUCCGAGUCUUCCCUCAAAUUUGGCUCAAGAUCUGGACGGAGGAGGACGCAAGGACCGGUUCAUCAGAUACAGGCUUCUACUUCGGAGUCUACUCUGCGAUUUCUGUCGUGGGCUUGUUUGUUAUCGGCGUCAAUAUCUGGUACAUUGCCAAAGCAUAUUCCUGCCGACUGAUAAUCCCGGCUCUGCUAACAGAAGCCUACAGGAUCAUGUUUGUUCUAAUCGUGCCUAAGUCUUCUCAAAGCUUGCACUGGACACUUCUCCAGUCUGUCAUGAGGCGGAUGCCUAACAUGUUCUACAGGUUCAGUCAGGACUUGUCUCACAUUGACCGAGAUCUUCCUACAGCGUUGUUCAUGACCUCAAUCGGAGCUGUCCUGAUUGUCAUUGGUGCCAAAUAUCUUGCAGCUGUCAUCCCGUUCGCCUUGCUCGCUCUCUACUGCCUACAGGCUUUCUACCUCAGAACUUCUCGCCAGAUGCGAUUCCUCGAUCUUCAGGCGCAGGCUCCUCUUCUGACCAAGUUGAUCGAGACCAUCGAUGGCCUGUCAACCAUCCGCGCCUUCGGCUGGCAAACUGCCUUCCGAGAAACUUCACUUGAACUCUUGGAUGAGUCCCAACGGCCGUACUACCUGAUGUUUUGCAUCCAGCGCUGGCUCACUCUGGUUCUCGACAUUCUUGUCGGUGCUAUUGCAGUAUUGCUGGUCUCAAUGGCCAUGAUGAUACCGGACGCUACUAGCACCGGAGCCAUUGCCAUUGCGCUCUACAAUGUGCUCAACUUCAACCAAUCUCUGGCAACUCUGAUUACCUCUUGGACAGAGCUCGAAACAUCCCUAGGAGCAAUCUCGCGUUUGCGAUCCUUCGUAUCUCGAACACCAAUCGAACCAACGGCUGAAGUGCUUGACAAAAUCCCACGCCAAUGGCCUGCACAGGGCCAGGUCGAGAUACAGAAUAUCACGGUGUCUUACUCCGCGGAAACGAGACCGGUACUCAAGGGAGUUUCGCUAUCUAUCCAGCCAGGAGAGAAGGUUGCCAUCUGCGGGCGCACAGGCAGUGGCAAAUCGACCCUCACUCUCUCUAUCUUCAAACUUCUUGGCCUCGACGCAGGGAAAAUCCUGAUCGAUGGUGUUGACAUUGGCAGUGUUCCAAACGAUGUGCUCCGCCGAUCACUCAUCGCCAUCCCGCAGGAGCCGCUCCUCUUGCCCAGAAGCCUGCGCACGAAUCUGUUCCCCUUUAGCGACGACACAACCGCAGGCGAUGCGCCGUCCGAUGCUGAUGUCAGGCCUCGCCGGUUAGGCCUCGUCAGUUAA